AUGUCUCACCUGUUCUUGAUCCACCUCCUAGGAAUCUGGCUGCUGCUGAGCCAAGUUUCCACAGCACCCCAACCAGGAUGGUGGGAAGAGGUUGUUCAGAUGUGUGGUCGCCAAUUAGUCCGAGAAGUCAUCAACAUUUGUGGCCAUGCGACCUGGAACAGGCCAGUGAGAUAUCCUCAUCAUCGGAGAUCUGCAGAUAUCAUGCCAUCCUCUCUCAAUGAAGAUAAAGAUGCCUUCAAUAUGAUGUUGGAAAUCAGUCCUAAUUUGCCACAGCAGCUGAGGGCAACACCAUCUGAGAGGCUACCAUUGUCACUAGAGCUACAACGACAAGAACCUGCAAUAGAGGAUUCAAAGCCUAGUCCUGAAGAGUUGAAGGAUAUUAUUCACAAUAGACAAGGGGAAGCAGAAAAUAGCCUUUCAAAAUUAGAAUACUUAAGCUUGAAUACUCAUUCCCGAAAAAAGCGACAGAUCAAUGAAGAUUCACUGAGUGAGAAAUGUUGCCAACGUAAAUGUUCCAGAAGAUUUAUGCUUAAAUUUUGCUAA